UUGUCCGCUCCGAGACUCAAAGUGCGCAAAGAGGAGGAAGAUGUCCGACAAAAUGGAGCGGUCCGAGCGGAAGAUCUGCCGCCAGAGGAGGCUGCUGGAGGCCGUGAUGAAGCCCGAACUCCGGCUGCACCGAGUUGUUUGUCCUGCAGACGUACAGCAGCUGAUAGUGAAUAAAGAAGAGGUUCCCCCUGAGCAGCAGCAAUGGAGCCCCCUUGUGGACCAGGAGGACCAAGAGCCCCGCCAUAUUAAAGAGGCACAGGAGGAACCGUGGACCAAUCAGGAGGGAGAGCAGCUUCAACAACUUGAGCAGGCUGAUAUCAAGUUCACAUUGACUGCUGUCACCAUGAAGAGUGAAGAAGAUGAAGAGAAAUGUGAGUUGUCACAGCUUCAUCAGAGUCAGACUGAGGAGAACAGAGCGGACUGUGGAGAACAAGAACCAGCCAGGAACUCAGGUCCUGAUGGACAUUUACAACAAGACGUACAGCAGCUGAUGGUGAAUAAAGAAGGGGUUCCCCCUGAGCAGGAGCAGUGGAGCCCCCUUGUGGACCAGGAAGACCCAGAGCCCCCCCACAUUAAAGAGGAACAGGGGGAACCGUGGACCAAUCAGGAGGGAGAGCAGCUUCAACAACUUGAGCAGGCUGAUAUCAAGUUUCCAUGGACUGCUGUCACUAUGAAGAGUGAAGAAGAUGAAGAGAAACCUGAGUUGUCACAGCUUCAUCAGAGUCAGACUGAGGAGAACAGAGCAGACUGUGGAGAACAAGAACCAGCCAGGAACUCAGGUCCUGAUGGACAUUUACAACAAGGUACUGAGGACAAGACUGAAGACUCUUCUGAGACUGAAGACAGUGAAGAUGAUUGGAUGCAGACAUUGGAACCUCAGUCCGGUUUAAAUACAAAAAAAAAAAAAAAAACUCUAACUGAUAUGAAAUGUAAAACUGGUAAGAUAGCAUUUGGUUGUUAUGAGUGUGAUAAAAGAUUCAGACGAAAGUGCGGUCUAACAAAUCACAUGAAGACUCAUACAGGAGAAAAACCAUUUAGUUGUUCUGAGUGUGAUAAAAGAUACAGACGUAAGUGCGAUCUAAAUGUACACAUGAAGAUUCAUAAAAGAGAGAGACCGUUUAGUUGCUCUGAGUGUGUUAAAAGAUUCAGACGGAAUUGCGAUUUAACUGUACAUAUGAAGACUCACACCGGAGAGAAACCAUUUAGUUGCUCCGAGUGUGGAUUAAGAUUUUUUCAAAAGAGCGGACUAACUGUACAUAUGAUGAUUCAUACAGGAGAGAAACCGUUUGGUUGUUCUGACUGUGGUCAAAGAUUCAGACAAAAGUGGAAACUAACUACACAUAUGAUGAUUCAUACAGGAGAGAAACCGUUUGGUUGUUCUGACUGUGGUCAAAGAUUCAGACAAAAGGAGAAACUAACUAUACACAUGAGGACUCACACAGGAGAGAGACCGUUUAGUUGCUCUGAGUGUGAUAAAAGAUUUAUUCAAAAGGGUGAGCUAACUGUUCACAUGAGGACUCACACAGGAGAGAGACCGUUUAGUUGCUCUGAGUGUGAUAAAAGAUUUAUUCAAAAGGGUGAGCUAACUGUUCACAUGAGGACUCACACAGGAGAGAGACUGUUUAGUUGCUCUGAGUGUGGUAAAAGAUUUUCUCAAAAGAGCAGUCUGACUCUACAUUUGAGGAUUCAUACAGGAGAGAAACCGUUUAGUUGCUCUGAGUGUGGUAAAAGAUUUUCUCUUAAGAGAAGUCUAACUCUACAUUUGAGGAUUCAUACAGGAGAGAAACCGUUUAGUUGCUCUGAGUGUGGUAAAAGAUUUUCUCUUAAGAGCAGGCUAACUCUACAUUUGAGGAUUCAUACAGGAGAGAAACCGUUUAGUUGCUCUGAGUGUGGUCAACGAUUUCAUCAAAAGGUCCAUCUUACUGUACAUAAGAGAGGUCAUUUAGUUGCUCCUAGUUUGGUAAAAGAUUUAGACUAAUCGGUAAUCUAACUGCAUAUGAGUAGUAAUAUAGGAGAGAAUGAAUUUACUUGCUCUGUGUGGUCAAAGAUUUAAGUUGCAUCGUUUACAACAAAAUUAUUUAUUAAGAUUUGUCAGAAACUUUUCAGAUUAUCCAUAUUCAUAGUUCACUUUCGUAAAUAGAGAAUUUAGAAUUCCCCUUUCACCUGAUUUUAUCAGAGUUAAACAAUUUCUUUCUCCCUAGAAAAAAUAACUCAUUGAAUAACAUGAAAGAUUUGUGUUGAUAUUUCUUGUUUCUACUGACUUGAUUUAUGCCAUAUAUGUUACAUACCCAUAUAUACUUUACACUUUAAAGAGACAUGAGGAAUCAUACAGGAAAGAAAUGAAUCGUUUGCAACUAAACAUUUAUAUAGAUCAAUAAGCAGCCAUAGAUAUUAUCCAUAUAAAUAGUUGAAUGUUGUAAAAAGAGAAUUAAUAACCCAUCCAGCUGUUUUUACCAGAGUUAAACAGUUUGAAUGUUCCUAGAAAAUACAACUCAUUGAAUAACAUGAAAGAUUUGUGUUUAUUUCUUGUUUCUACUGAAUUAUCCCUCAUAUAAUACACACCUAUACUGUGAAAGAAAUAAGUAUUUGAUCUUUUGCCGGUUUUGCAAGUUUAACAGCUGACUAAUAAAUCAACAGUUGUUGCAACUGUCUGCUAAACCUGCCAGGUUAUGCAGACUGUUUUAUUCUGUUAUUUGGGUUGGGCUUAUUUUGUUCUUUAUGUUCAACUAUGUGUUGGGUUAUUUCAGUUAGUAAUUUGUUGUCUUUGUACACGUAGUGUCUCCCAUCGCAUAAAUACCUGUAGCUUUAAGGAGCGGACCAUUUUAAUAAACGCACCUUCCUUCACUUCCGGGCCAAGGCAAAUAUAACACCUGCUGUACAGCCGCGGCACAAGAAUAGUAGCAGCAAGGACGACAGGCCGCUAGCAGAGGCUAUUCACAACCUUACGGACCAAAAUAAACAUGGAUUAAAGUUGAACACCCCUCGCCGAGCGGAACGAGGUAAGGAAACAGGUUCUGUUCACUUUGCUGCAGGUAGCAAGGAAUGGGAGUCACUAUGUCACAUUAACUCGCCAAACAUUGUCUCAUAUGGUUAUUUGUUUGUUUAUGUAUUUUAACGGUUGUGUCUGGAUUUUAUUGAAAAUUUAAUUGAAAUAAAGUCCAUGGAUCAAUAGGU